AUGGGCAGUACAAUAGCUAUUUUAUAUUCAAUUCAUAACAUUAAUUCGCAAUAUUCGUUCAUCGAUCGUAGUCUUUUUUGUUUAGGUGCCGGAAAAUCAUCACUUCUUCAGGCUCUCUUUCGACUUGUUGAUCAAUCGUCAACUACGGGUAGUAUUGUCAUUGAUGGCAUUGAUAUUGGGUGUGUUUCGCUUAAUCAACUUCGUUCUUAUUUAAGCGUUAUUCCACAAGUACCAAUAUUAUUCUGUGGAACGCUUCGAUAUAAUCUUGAUCCGUUCACAGAACAUUCUGAUGAAGAAUGUUUAAGGGCAUUUGAAGCUGUUGAACUCAAACAAUUGGUUUCUAAGCAUCCCGAUGGACUUAGUCAAAUAGUAGCUGGAGAACGCCAACUGAUCUGUGUAGCACGAGCUAUCCUCAAGAGAAGCCAUAUCUUGCUUAUCGAUGAAGCAACAGCCCGUGUUGAUCAUGCAACUGACAGUAUGAUUCAAAAUGUUAUUGCAGAUGAGUUUGGUGAUCGUACUAUAUUGACGAUUGCACAUCGAUUGAACACGAUAGCAAACAGUGAUCGUAUUCUUAUGUUGGAAAAAGGAGAAGUUGCCUAUUUUGAUGUGCCUAGUAACAUUGAUCUAAGUUAA